AUGCUAGAGAAUCUUCUAACAUUGGCUACAAUAAUUUCUACAAUAUUCACAGUUACCCUCUUAUUGAUACCUAAACAAUACAUCAAGCAUUCGCCUCCAAUGGCUACUCAAGAUGGCGCAAAUGUCGAGCCGAAGAUCUCCGUUCAGGUUUUGGUCUUGGGAGAUAUUGGGCGAAGUCCUCGAAUGCAAUAUCAUGCUAUGAGUAUAGCAAAACAUGGUGGAAGAGUGGAUCUUAUUGGAUAUGAAGAAUCUGAACUCCCUUCUGGCUUAACAGACAAUCCUCUCAUUACAAUCGUACCCUUACCGCUACCACCAGCAAAUUUACGAGAUGGUACUAUACCAUUCUUCUUCGCAGGGCCUUGCAAGGUUUUAUGGCAGAUCUGGACUUUAUUUUUUGUUUUAUGUUAUACUACAAAACCUGCAAGAUGGCUUUUAGUUCAGAACCCCCCCUCAAUUCCCACCUUCUUCGUCGCAUACCUCGUCUGUUUAAUACGCAAUACACAUUUAAUAAUUGAUUGGCAUAAUUAUGGAUGGACUAUCUUAGCAGGAACAAGAGGCCCUAAACACAUAUUCGUUCGACUAUACAAAUGGUAUGAAGCUUUCCUCGGAUCGUGGGCACCAACCGCUUCAUUCACAGUUUCGAAAGCGAUGGAGCGCCAACUACGCGAAAGUCCCUACAAGAUCAAAUCACCAAUUUUUACCCUUCACGAUCGACCUGCUUCCAUUUUCCAACCGAUUACCGACGAGGCAAAGCGACGUGCUUUUCUUCAGCGUUUACCAGAAACAAAAGAUCAUGUCGAUGCGAUUAUGAAUGGAGAUGUAAGACUACUAGUUAGCAGUACAUCAUGGACUCCUGAUGAAGAUUUCAACCUUCUUUUAGAUGCGCUCGUUAAAUAUGGACCAUUUGCCGAAUUUGAUUGCCCACCAAUUCUUGCCAUCAUCACUGGAAAAGGUCCACAGAAGCAAAUGUAUCUUGAUCGAAUUGCCGAACUCACUGAAAGCUAUGAUUUGGUCAAUGUUACAAUCAAGACUGCAUGGCUUAGUAUUGAAGAUUACGCCUCGUUACUUGCAUGCGCCGACCUUGGAGUUUGUUUACAUAAGAGUAGUAGUGGUGUAGAUCUGCCCAUGAAAGUGGUUGAUAUGUUUGGAGCAGGAUUGCCAGUAGUUGGAUACGAUCAAUAUUUCAGUUGGCCCGAAUUGGUCAAGGAGGGUAUCAACGGAUGGGGAUUUACAACAGCGAAAGAUUUGGCAGAGAUUUUGGAGGAAGUCUUCAAGGAUACAAGUGGAAAGGAAUUAGCGAGAUUAAAGAAGGGGGCUAUUGAGGAGGGAAGAAAGAGAUGGGAUGAAGAAUGGGAUGGGGUUGCUGGGAGACUUUUAGGAUUGAUUGACUGA